GGGCUAAGGAGCAGGAGCUGCGGGAGACACAGGAGCUGGCGCACUCAGAUGAAAAUGAAGAUUUGCGUAAGCUUGCUGAAAAGGAAAUCAUUUCUUGCCAGGAAGAGGUAGCUGAACUGAAACGCCAGAAGAAAUGGACAACAAUGACCUUGUCAUGGAAUUAGCUGCUGGAGUUGGAGGACAAGAAGCCAUGCUAUUCACUGCAGAUAUAUUUGAUAUGUAUCAACAGUAUGCUGCUUAUAAAAGCUGGAGCUUUGAAAUACUGGAAUACUUUCCCAGUGAAAUAGGUGGCUUGAGACAUGCAGUAGCCAGCAUAGCAGGUCCUGAAGCAUACAAGAACCUGAAGUUUGAAGGAGGAGUGCAUCGUGUUCAGCGAGUGCCAAAGACAGAGAGGCAGGGACGUAUUCACACCAGCACAAUGACUGUUGCAAUAUUACCCCAACCCACUGAGAUUGAUCUGUCAAUUGAUCCGAAAGAUUUACGAAUUGAAACUAAGCGAGCCAGUGGAGCUGGAGGCCAGCAUGUAAAUAAAACGGAGAGUGCUGUGCGGAUUGUCCAUAUUCCAACAGGUGUGGUGGCUGAAUGCCAAGAACAAAGAUCUCAGUUGAAAAACAAAGAGAAGGCUAUGAAAGUACUUCACGCUAAACUGUAUAAUAUCCAGGUGGAAGAAGUAACAAGAAAGAGAUGCAGUACCCGAAAGAUUCAGAUUGGGACCAGAGGAAGAUCUGAGAAGAUCAGAACAUACAACUACCCACAGGAUCGGGUGACUGACCACCGGAUAAGCAGAUCAGUGCAUCACAUUGAAAAAUUCCUGUUAGGGGAAGAAUUGCUAGAUGAAAUGAUAAAAUCCCUGAGGGAAUAUGCUGAUUAUGAAUCUUUAAUGGAAAUUAUUUCAGCAAACGAACAAACAAAACUUACCUGAACUUUGUGCUUUGCCAAGCCCUGGUAUGAAUGCUUACCCAAAUCAGCUGCACAACAGCUUGCUGGAGCAUCAUACAAAAGGUAUAAGUGGCUUUUUAGUUCAUGAAAAAGGACCAUCUCCUCACUAUUUAUAGUCAGUUCUUCCACUUGUUGAAGUAGAAGACUGUAGUGUCUUUGUACUAAAACAUUGUUGUUACAGUGUUGAAAACUUAAAGUAAAAUGACUGAGUACAAAGUGACUGCCGGUUUUGUAUCCUCCAGUGAAAAGACACUGCUACUCCACUCUCAAAAGGGAUGCAGAAAAAAAUGCAUUAUUUUAUGCUUCAGGCUUCAUCUAAGUCAUAGCCUAAAAGCCAGGUCGUUAAAAAAACAAACAAACAAACAAAACUACACACAAAUUACCCUGUUUUUUCUGAAUAAUUUUAUAUAAAAUGGUUGCUAAAUGCCCUCUACAAAUCCAGACAAGAUGUAAAUAAGAAUUCUUAAGAUUUUGAAUGGGGUUGAGGAGUAAAGGGUUAUUUUAAAACACUUCCUUCAUGUCUUUUUCCUUCAUCCACUCCUUUGUUUCCUUUGGCUUCUAAAUAGACAGCUAAAAUAGACUUCGAGAUAAGUCUUUUCUUUUCUUGAAUCCUUAGAUUAUUUCAGUUGCAGUUUGACAUCCAGUCUAUUUCUUAGUUGUCGGCUUUAAUUACAGAAAUGUUAAAUUGGGUGUGGACUGUUUUUCCUUUUCUGUGACUUUCAGCUAUGUGUAUAAACAGUCUGAUUUGUACGUGUGAAGGAAACCUUGCUUUUCUGGUCUACUAACGUACAGUUGUAUACAGUUAAAUAGUGGAUAAAUGGGAAGCAUUGAAUACAUGUUUGCAUGCAGUGUAUAUUUAAACACUGUAAUAUGACAAUCUGAAACCAAUAGUGUAAAAGAUCCAAAAUGUUCUUACCAUACUAUAUCAUCAUGCAUUGCAUAUAUAAUAAAAUCUAUAAGCCAA